CCACCACCACAACCGUCGCUCGACCCGCAAGCAUGGACACGAUCGUCCCCGGCGCGCUUGCGGCCUUCACCGUCGACACGCUCGUCUACCCGCUCGACACCAUCAAGACGCGCGUACAGGCCACGGACUACGCCGAGCGCUUCCCCGGGCGCAAGGGCUUGUACACGGGCCUCUGGAACGGCCUCGGCCCCGUCAUCCUGGUCACGCUGCCGUCGGCGGCCCUCUUCUUCACGUGCUACGAGGGCGGCAAGGCGGCCUUCACCUCGCCGUCGCUGCCGCUCGUCGGUCACCUGACCUCGCAGCCAGGCAACGCACAGGCCGUCGCGCACUCGCUGGCUGGCGCACUCGCCGAGCUUGCGUCCUGCGCGCUGCUGGCGCCGGCCGAGCUUGUCAAACAACGGCGGCAGGUCGCCGUGGCAUCGACGUCAAACGCCUCGCCGGUCAAGGUGGUCGCCCAGACGCUGCGUGAGCAGUCGCGGACGCUGUGGAAGAGCUAUCUUGCGCUCGCUGGACGUAAUCUGCCCUUCACGGCGCUGCAGUUCCCGCUCUACGAGCACACACGACACCGCCUCGCCACGGCUGUGGGCCUGCCGGAGCGGGGCUCAGGGCCGGGCGCUCGCGCAAAGGCCAAGCCUACAGACGGCAUCGCGUCGCGAUCCCGGGCCAUCGACGCAGAGACAGAAGCUGCGCGAGCCGCUGCGCUACGCAAGAUGCGCCUCGGCCCCAACGCAUCUGCCGCAGAUGCACCAAGCCACGAGGGCGUGGCGCACUACUACCUCAAGGCCGGCCUCGUCAGCGGCAGCAGCGCCGCGCUGGCCGGCAGCAUCGCCGCGCUCGUCACGACGCCGCUGGACGUCGCCAAGACGCGCAUCAUGCUGCACUCGACGACCAAGGCGGCAUCGACGUCGGACUACAACCCGUCGACGCAGGGCGUGCUCAAGCUGCUGGCCCGUAUCGCGCGCGAGGAGGGCCCCAAGGCGCUUUUCCGCGGCGGCGCUCUCCGCUGCGCCUGGACGGCGCUCGGGGCGGGCAUCUACCUGGGCUCGUACGAGACGGGUCGCGAGUGGUGGCGCGAGAGCGGACGGCAGCAGGCCGCGGCGGUGGUGCAUGAGGUCGAGGAGACGGUCGAGACCCUGACGCAAUCAUGACCACUGCUCCUCGCACGCCCCUGUGACACUCUGGCCCGGCAGCAUGCCGCUGAGGCCCCGCUUGACCCAGCACUCGGCUGCGGCAGGCUGUGCACGACCUGCGCCGUCUCAGCCUUGAUGGCCGCCAGCACCCACUUGCCGGACUUCUUCAGCGAGGCGGAUGUAGCUGCGCUGCAGCUCGCAAGGGCAUCAUGCUGGACGCGCGCUUGCUGCACGCCGGCCCGUGCGCUGCGAGGCGCGCGCUACUGCAGCCGAGGCCG